GGACGCGGGUGUUGUGGUCGGCCUGCGGUGCAUAAUGAGUCAAGAAGUGCUUCUGAAGCUUGUGGUGCAUCAAAAGCUUCCACAGAUUCGAGGAGAAUCCAAGGAAGAAAUUAUCCUGCAUCCAUGUUCAGUGCCGGGCUUGGAGGUGGGCAAGAUAGUGGAGAUAUCCCACCCAGACCUCGACUUUGCUCGUCUCUUGCUGCAGGUUUCAUCUGGAUCCCUCAGGGAUGAUCAUAAAGUGGACGCCGUCAGUGUGGACAGUACGGUGGUGGAGACGUUCCACCUGCGGGACCGGCUGUAUGACUCGGUCAGCGUGCGUCUGGUGGACCCGGCCGACGCCGCGCUCGAGUCGGUGGAGCUGCUCUUCAAGGACCACUACCUCAACCGCAGCGACAUGUGGCGCCUCAAGAACAGCCUGGUGGGCAAGGUGAUGUACCACAAGAAGAACGUGGAGUUCUGCUCGCAGACGGUGCGCUGCCAGGUUUUCGAGAUGUGGUCGCAGGGAGACCGCGUAGCGUGCGGUCUGGUCACGCCAGACACAAAGGUGGUGUUCCGGUCAGCCACCAGCAUGUUCCACCUCUACAUCCAGAUGUCAGAGGAAAUGUGGGACUUUGACGUUUACGGAGACCUGUAUUUCGAGAAGGCCGUCAACGGCUUCCUCAGCGACCUAUUCAACAAUUGGAAGAGGCACGGGACCAACCACGAGGUGACCAUCACGCUGUUCUCCCGGCUCUUCUACAAGGCCAACUCGCUCAGCGAGUUUCCGGAGUACAUGCGUCACGAUGUGCAGAAGGAUUUCCGCAACAUGUUCUACGAAGACUUCUACAGGGUUGCCGUGCAGAACGAGCGGUACGAGGACUGGACGCCCGUGCUCUCCACCAUCCGGCACCUGUUCAUGGGCUACCGGGAGGGCCUGCUGAACUUCCAGCGGGAGCGGGCGCCCCCUGGCGCGCCGCCGCCGCCGCGCGCCUCGCUCAGCUCGGCCGCCCACGGCAACUUCCUCGAGGUGCUCAACAUCUCCAUGAAUGUGUUCGAGAUGCACUACCUGCACCGGGCUCUGGAGCGCACCGGCCAGAUGUGCGUGGUGGUGUCGCCCGGCGUUGGCGUGUACCAGGUGGAGCGGGAGCUCAACAAUCUGACCAAGCAGCGCAUCAUCGACUACGGCGUCGGCAUCGACCUGGUGUGCGUCGGCGAGCAGCCGCUGCACGCCGUGCCUCUGCUCAAGUUCCACAACAAGAGCCUGACGGAGACGCAGGACUACUACCUGCCACACACCUGGAUCAACCUCAGCUUCUACUCGUCCAACAAGCGGGUGGGCUACUCGGAGUUCGUGCCGCGCAUCAAAGUGCCGCCGAGCGCGCCCAAGGCGCCCGUGGCGCGCGUGCAGUCGGUGCUGCCGCGCGGCCGCCCGCCGCCCAGCGAGCACGCCAUCCCCAGCUCCGUGUACGACUACGACGCCCACGACGCCGACGUCUUCCGCAUGCCCGCCAACGCCACCUACAAACAGGCGACGAUGACCCUGCAGCGCGUGCCGCCGCGCAAGCGCACCGUCACCACCUCGCACGUGAAGCCGCCGCGCCCGCCGACCGACUCGGCCGUCUCGUCGCCGAUCGCCGAGCAGGUGUACAGCUCGUCGGCCACCGGGUUUGUCACACCAGCGCGCGCCUCGCCACUCGUGCAGAGCCCAGUGUCGCCGCCUGGUGAGCUAUACUCGUCGUCGUUCGGGUCCGUGUUCGGCAGUGACCGGUCCGACGGCGGCACGCUGCGGCGCGUCUCGUUCGACGACAGCGACGUGACCCGCUCGCCGCCGCGGCCGGCCGCCUCGGCCGUGUCCGCCUGCGACCUGAGCCUCAGCCGCGUGGCCGUGCCGCACGGGCCCGGCCGCGCCCUCUUCAACCCGUUCGACCCCAGCAACAUCGUGGUCAAGCACACCUCCAGCCGGCGCCGCUGGACGCAUAUCUUCCCCAAAGGUCCUAAGGGAGUGCUGUUCCAGCAGCACCACUACGCCAACGCCAUGGGUCUGGACCUCAGCGCCAAAGAUGCGCCGCCCUCGUCCAGCGAGCCGACGGCCGGCAGUCCGUCACUGGCCUUCUUGUGGGGUGCCUCCAGCACCGGCGAGCAGGAGUGGUCGGCGCAUAUCACCACAGCGUACAUCGUCGGAGUUUUAGUAGGCGUCGACUGGAAGUCGCUGACGACGCCGGCCUGCCUGCCCAUCACCACCGACUACUUCCCGGACGAGCGCAGCCUGCAGAAGGACUACCUGCUCACCGAGUACAGCAUCCUGCCGGACGACAUCAACAGCCCGGAGGACGCCGGCGCCGCGCACCGCCAGCUCAGCACGCGCGAGGUCUUCACCGAGAUGGUGUCGCAGCGGCUGUGCCAGGGGUUCCAGCUGAUCGUGUCGUCGGCGAAGCCGAGCCCGGCCAGCGGGGCCGCCGUCGGCCGGGCCGUCUUCCCGCAGCGGGUGCCCGAGGAGCGCGAGGAGUACCUGCUGAGCAUCGGCCGCAUCUUCCACCGGGUGCUGCUCAGCGGCUCGGCCAUCAACGUCACACACUACCGGCCCAGACACCCGUACCCGGUGCGCCGCGUCUCGUACCGGUACCGGGUCCAGUGUCACCACCACCCGAGCUACGUGGCGUGCGAGGCGGAGCUCAGCACCGACCGGCCCGAGAGCUACAACUGGAACUACCUCGACAACUACGUCUGCACCAAAGGCGGCUCGGACUUCCAGCUGAGCAGCAAUCUCAAGUACUGGCGGUGUCGCUUUCUGCUGACGCUCGUCGACAACUUCAUCAGGUUCAUCAGUGCCGUCACGUUCGCGCUGAACAAGUUCAAGCGGCAUCAGCCGACGUCGGCGCGGCAGCAGAUCCGGGAGCGCCUCUCCAGCAACCGUGUGGACCAGCGGAUCGGGGCCCGCUCCGGCAGCAGGGUGAUGAAGGGCACCCUGCUCAGCUCGGCCGCCACGGCCGCCGAGGUGGUGGACGUGCUGCGCUCGCCGGAGCUCGGUCUGCCCUUCCUCACGCGCUCCGUGCAGGGCGGCCUGCCCGAGUUCACGUUCGUGGCCGCCGACCUGGUGCAGUGGGUGUACCAGCACGUGGCGGGCGUCACCAGCGAGCAGGACGCCGUGCGGUACUGCCAGUACCUGCGUCAGGAGAACAUCAUACUGCACGCGUCUCGCGACUUGACCCGGCCGUUCGUGAACGGCUUCUGCCUGUUCUGUGUCGCCGCUCCUGCCGACGGCGUGCAGCUGGCGAGCAGCGCCGCCCACCUGGAGCAGUUCGCCGACGAGUGGCUCGAGGUGGAGACGCAGUUCUGGUGGCCGCGCCCGGUGCUGGCCGGCGCGCGGUUCCUGGCGGCCGCGCUGCCCCGCCAGGACGACCCGUUCGAGUGCGUCAAGAUGCGGCGCGGUGCGCUGGACCUGGACGUGUCCGCCAAGUCGGACCGCUCCGAGUGGGGCGAGAUCGCCUACGAGAGCUCGUUCAAGCCGGACCGCGCCUACCAGUUCUGCAUCAACUGGCUGGUGGGCACCGGCAGCCUGAUCUCCGACCUGGUGGUGAGCUGGCAGCGACGGGCGCAGAACUCGGGCAUGCGUCUGUUCCCGGUGCCCGUGGUCAUGUGCCCGGGCAGCACGCGCGACAUCGACCCGCUGCGCAUCCCCGUGCACGUGCCGAUCCAGCUGGACGCCCUGCGCCAGGGCGGACGGCCGCUCUUCCACGGCUUCCCCCCGUCGACGUGGCGGCAGCGGCUUCUGCUGCUGCAGUCGGCCAUCCUGGAGCGGUUCGAGUUCGUGCGCCUGCGCGACGCCGCGCCCGGCCCGCCGUACCAGUACAUCCACGCCAGCGGACACUGCUUCGCGCAGAUCCCGGAGCCGGUCCAGACGGACGACGGCGACCCGGUCCAGGACGGCCGGCUGCAACUGUUCUGGCGGCAGGCGCAGGCGCAGGCGCAGCUGCAAGAGGCGACGCCCCUGCACGAGCCCUGA